AUGCCCCCAAAACGAAGAAUGCUCACCGAAUCAUUAGAGCAAAGCGAAGCUCACGACGCACCGCAGAAACCGCCACCCUCAUUCGGUGGCGCGCUCUCAAAAUUCGUUUUCUCCACCACCGGCGGCAGCGGCGGUGAUAGUGGAAGCGGCAGAAUAACGCGGAGCUCCAUGAGAACAGUAUCCACUGCGCGAGUGGUCGCCACAAAGCUCACUAAACCCGCCAAAACCGGCGUGGCCGCCACCGUCGCCGCCGCCGUCGCAGAACCCAAAGACGAAGACGAAGACACCACCGCAGAUAUCAAAACGCCCAAGAAGAAGAAGAAGCGGCGCGCGCCCUCCGUCUACGCCCCGCCUUCAACCUACGCGCACCUCUCGCCCAUCCCCGACGCCCUCGCGCCAAACCUGAUCGUCAUCUUCAUCGGCAUCAACCCGGGUCUCACCUCUGCCACGACCGGGCACGCUUUCGCCGCGCCCUCGAACCUGUUCUACCGGCUGCUGCACAGCUCCGGGUGUACGCCCGACCGGCGGGUAGCGCCGUGCGAGGACCAGGAGCUGCCGGCGAGGUAUGGGCUGGGACACACGAACCUUGUUGGGCGGCCGUCGCGGGACGCGGGGGAGCUGUCGCGGGCGGAGAUGGUUGCUAGUGUGGCGGGGCUACGGGAGAAGGUUGGUAGGUGGGGGCCUGAGGCGGUGUGUUUUGUUGGGAAGGUGGUGUGGGAGACGGUGGUGAAGGAGAAGACGGGGAGGGGGGUGGGCAAGGGGUGGGAGUGGGGGUGGCAGGAGGGGGAGGCGGUGGAGGGGUGGGGGUGUAGGGUGUUUGUGGUGCCGAGUACGAGUGGGUUGGUGGCGGGGUAUAGUUGGGAGUUUAAGAGGGAGCUGUGGACGGUGCUGGGGGACUGGGUGCAGGAGAGGAGGAGGGUGAGGGGAGAAGAGGUAGCGCUGAAAACCGAGGAGGAGUUUGAGGGAAGUUAG